AUGAACAUCAAAACAUUUCUGGGGUUCUUGAUGGAGAGAGUCAAGAUUCUAAAUCUAAUUACAUUGGCUCUUACAUUUUUGGCAUUGGUGCCAAAGAUGGAGAGCCAGAUGAGGUCACCAAUUUUUCCACUGCCUGCACUGCCUUCACCACCACAAUCUCCUCCACUCCGUCCACUUUGUGCAUCGCAAUUUGCACUAGCAAACUAUGCUUGUGGACAAUUGCGUACCCAACCAACACUUCCAUCGCUGCCAAAUUCAUUGCUCCCUGAUCGUGAUGAAGACGACGAUGGGAGUCACCAAAGACACAGCCACAGGCAUGGCCAUUCACACCGGCACCGGCACGAACUCACUGCUUCGGAGCGGAACUGUUGCCGUUGGGCUAGGGAAAUGGACAGCCAAUGUGUGUGUGAAGUUCUACUUAGGUUGCCUCUGUUAUACUUAGGUUUGUGA